AUGCAGGGGAGGGUUUUGGGGGUGGAUGUCACAGUAAGGGAUGAUAGAUAUAGGGUAAUUGGGGUGUACGGGCCACAGUUGGCGGAAGGCAGGAGGGAGAUGGUGGACUGCCUGGCGCCGCUGUGUGCCACGAAUAGACACUUGGUGAUAGGGGGGGAUUUUAAUAUAGAUAUAGGGAGGGGGAGGGACAGUAGUGCAAGUGCCAUCGCCGGGCUAAUGACGUGCCAUGGUCUGGUAGAUGGGGGCCUGCACACUGCUCCGACGAUGGCAGGUCCAACAUGGCGCAACUCCAGAGGGGUCGAGCGGAGGCUCGACUAUAUAUUUCUAUCCAGGUCACUGGGUCAGUUGUCUGGGCGUUUGUUGCCUGUGUUUUUUUUUUUUUUUCGGAUCACGAUGGGGUGCUGCUGCAGGUGGGGGCAGCAGUCUGCCUCUUUGGUAGGAGGUACUGGAUGAGCAGGCUUUUGUUAACGGUUUUGUUGAUUUCUUUAGGGGGCUUGAGGGCCUCCGGUCCAUGUGUGAGGGGGUGUUAGAGUGGUGGGAAAUAGCAAAGGUGAGGAUUAGGGUUUUUAUAAUAGGAUAUUGUAAGAGGAAAAAGAGGGAGGAAAGGAGGGAGGUGGAUCAUAUCCAAAGGCUGCUCGAACUCGAGCUCGAGGCAGGCAACCUCGGCGGGUCGGUAGACUGGGAGAGAUCCUCUGCCCUAAAAGCGCAACUUAGGGAGGUGCAUGAGCGGAAGGCUCGCGCUUUCCUGGAGCGUGCGCAUAGUGGGUUUUUAGAACAUGACGAGACUUGUUCCGCCGUGUUCUUUAAAUCAGUUAGGGGAAGACAGAGUAGGAAGGUAAUGUACGGGGUUAGGGAAGAAAACAGUAGAGUAGUGAGAGAAACUGAGGAAAUGGUCAAGGUGACCACGGAACAUUUCCAAGGUUUUUUUCAAGAAAGGGCAGUAGAUGUAGAGCAGGGAAACGUGUUUUUAGAACACCUGUCCCGGCGAGUGCCAGAAGACAUUAGAGAAGCAAUGGAGGCUCAGAUCUCCCUCAAAGAGGUUGAGAGCGCCCUCAGGAGGAUGGGAAAAGGAAAGGUGCCCAGGAUGGAUGGGCUGCCGGCAGAGUUUUACCUGAAGUUUUGGGGGAAACUUGGUCCGGUAAUCCUUUAAGUCUUGAAGGCCAUCCUCGAGACGGGGGUCCCGGGGGGAUCGAUGGCCAUAGGUGUGCUGUCACUUCUUUACAAGAAGGGGGACGCAACAGACCUUGGCAACUGGCGGCCGUUGACCAUGCUGUGCGUAGAUUAUAAGCUGCUUGCGAAGGUUCUAGCGGACCAGUUGCGCACAGCCCUUCCCUACGUCGUCCAUGAGGGUCAGAUAUGUGGGAAAGAGGGCCGCUCUAUUAGGUGGAACCUGAGUUUGAUUAGGGACUCCAUCGCUUGGGUAGAGGAUAGAGGGCUGCCGUUAAUGGUAGCAGCACUUGAUCAGGCUAAAGCCUUUGAUCGAGUGAAUAGAUAUUUUAUUUUCAGGGUGUUAGGUAGGUUAGGUUUUGGGGAGAAGUAUAUAGGGUGGAUCCGUGCUUUAUAUGUCGGAGCAGGGUGCCGGGUUAAUGUAAACGGUCACAUGGGUGACGUUUUUGACCUCGCGUCGGGGGUCAGGCAGGGGUGCCCGCUCUCGGCACUCCUCUUCGUUCUGUACAUGGAGCCUCUGGGGGCUGCCAUUAGGGCAGACACAGGGGUGGAGGGCUUGCUUAUCCCUGGGAGCGGUGGGCUGCACGUUAAGAUGACGCAGUACGCCGACGACACUUCCUUGUUACAAUGCAAGGACUCGUGCCUUGGGGAUUUCACCCGAGCAUUGGGAGCGGUUCUUCCAUUAAGUUUUUCGGAAGAUGGCGUGGGAGUACGGAUGUGCCUGAGGGGUUAUCUCUCUGUAUCGGGGCCCUGAAGAUUCUCGGGGUCUUGUUUGAGACCUCCGGCUCAGCGACGCUGAACUAGAACAGGAGCAUCGCAGUGGUACAGAGGAAGCUGGGGAUGUGGAGGGCUAG